GCGGAUUUCCGCAAAGCAGCUAUCGUUACAUUAUCGAAUUUUGUACAAAACACACAACAAGUAGCAUAACAAAUAUAAGCAUGUCACAAAGUGUUGGACGGAUCCGCCUUAGAAAUUUAUCUGAAUUGCAGGUUCAAAUAAAAAAUAAUGAAGCAGAUGAUCUUGCAAUAAUUUCAAUACCCAGUGCAGAUGAAAACAAGACACCGGAAAAGACAAGAAGGGCGAGAAGAAAAUGUGCAUCAUCUACAACAAAGAAGAAGACAAAUGAAGAAACUAAAAAAGUUAUUGCUACUAGCACUACGAUUAAACGAACUGGGAAAAAGGAACCUUUACCAGGUCAAAUGCGCAUUGAUUCCUUUUUCAAGAGCUGCACGAAAAGCUACAAAGUUGAGUUAUCAAAUACUUCCCCAGUAAAUAGAAAAGCACGUAAGGGAUGCAAGCGUCUAUUCGAUGAGGAGUCCACAACAAAGAUAACGGUGGAAAUCGAAAAUAAACGGAAGCCUACAAGGAAGCGGACACUGCCACAACGCAAAGCCAAGGCAAAAUGCUCAAAUUCCCCGAGUGCAAUAAUUGAUCUGUGUUCCGAUAAUGAGUCCGAAUCUAACAAAAAUGGUAUUAGCGCUAGGCCUGUGCCACUUGAGGUGCUGAAGGAUUGUCAGCUGAAUUCAUUACCCAUGGUUAAUAUACCAUGCUUAGCGGUCCAAGAAAGUAAUGGUACUGGCGCAUGUUUAACAAAAAACUUGCCCAAAGAACGAAGCCGUAAGCGUUGCCCUUCCUAUAAGAUUGUGGAAGAUACGACAUUCGUAGUCGAUGGCUUCCAAUUUGGCGAUAUACCGAAGGCGACUCACUACUUUCUCAGUCACUAUCAUGCCGAUCACUAUGUGGGGCUAACCCGAAAGUUUGCCCAUCCUCUGUAUAUGAGUCCAAUAACAGCGAGGCUCGUGCGCACAUUUAUACCCAUCCACAAUCAGUAUAUGCACGAAAUCGAUGUUGGAGAGUCCAUAACGCUCAAUGAGAUUGAAAUCACUGCAAUAGAUGCCAAUCACUGUCCGGGUGCCAUUAUGCUGAUCUUUAAAUUUACUACUGGCAAGUGUAUUCUCCAUACUGGAGACUUUCGUGCUAGCUUUGAAAUGGAGUCGCUGCCUAUUUUCUGGAACGAGCCGCGGAUUGAUGUUCUUUACCUGGACACGACAUAUUUAUCGAAGAACUAUGACUUUUGCCAUCAAUCUGACAGUAUAUAUAGCGUCUGUUCUGCAGUGAGACAAUUUCACGAGAAGAACGCCGGCAAGCGUAUAUUGCACGUCUGUGGCUCAUAUUUAAUCGGAAAAGAGAAGGUGUGGCUGACCUUGGUCGAGGAGUUUAGCUUGCGUGUCUGGACCGAACCGCAUCGCCGCAAAGCAAUUGAAUGCCUCGACUGGUCAGAGCUGCAGCUAAGCCUUUGUGAUGAUCCCUUUAAAGCUAAUUUGCAUGUCAUCAAUAUGGGAAAGAUAAGCUAUCCGAACCUAGAUCAGUACUUUAAAAAAUUUGAAGGCCACUAUGAUAUGCUACUUGGUAUACGACCUAGCGGUUGGGAAAAGAACUCCAAGCCUUCUUAUGGCAAGCGUAUCAGCGUUAUUGGAGUGGAAUAUUCUGAACAUUCGAGCUAUAAAGAGCUAGAACGAUUUGUACGUUUCCUUAAACCAACAAAGGUAAUCAGCACUGUACCUGUUGGAAGAGAUCUCUGUGUUACUGGAAAAGUUCCGACCAACUGGUACAAAUACGAAGGUUAUGGCAGUAUGAUUAGUACAAGUUAUCAACCCUCCAUUACAACGUUCUUAGAGACCGCCAAACGUAGGGUGCCAACGUUAGCAAAUACAAUCGAUAAUAUGAGCGUUAGCCCAUUGAGUAAUGAGGGCAUUAUAAAUUCUGUUAAUAAUGUGGAUCUCAUUGAAAAGCAACAAGCUAAAGAGGAAUUCGAUAAUGUGAGUUUCCCUGAUGCUGAUCAUCAGCGCGCUACGUCGGAUGCUGUCAAUGAUAUGCUCUCAUUAAUUUAGUUAUUUCUAAGAUUGAUAGUUUACUGUUUUGUUAUUUUUUAUGUUUUUAUUAAAAGUGCAACUUAAUUCUUUUUCUAACAUUCGAAUUAGAAUAUUUGCAUUUAAAUGGCAGGAAACCAAACUAGAAUAACCCGGAAUUUAUACGAGCACCACUUAAGAUAUUGUAGAACCCCUUGUAGCUUUUAGCUACAUAUCCAAAUUAUAUGUUAAAUAUACUCUACACAAAACAUAAGUAACAUGCGCUUAUAAAAAAAGCAUUAAGAUGUAAAUAUUUAAAUGUGCGCAUUCCUUAGCGCCCACCUUACCCAAGUGAACUCUCUUGAAAUAUAAACAAAGCGUGAUUUUCAUACAA